AUGUGGUGCUGCUGGUAUGUGAAACUCGCUCGACGGGAUAUCCAAGGGGGCUCUCGAAUCUGCCUGGUCACGUCUGCCACCCCACGUGCGCUCGUCUGGACACGAGAGUCGACGGUGACCCCAGAGAGUUCCAGCCCGGUCCAAAUGGGUCGACCGGAGGCGCAAACCGACAGGUCUUGGCACCGAUGGCUCACGGCGCCCAAGACUCUUGGCAAGCCCUCGAGGAACGCCCAAUUUACCUCUCAGACUGCGCUGGCGGGCACGCGGAGCCAGUCCCUCUCUUCUGUCGCGUCGCUAGUUCACGCCCAGUCGCCCGGUGGCCGACGCCGCGAAGGUCGCUCGAGCUGA